AGGGUUUAGGAAAUGGAAGAGAACAAGUGGCAAGGACGAGGGCUCUUUUCAUUUCGCUCUACAAUUAUUGAUCCUAUUGAGUUCCUCUUGUCGUUUUUUUUUUUUCCUUUUUUCCCCUGUAAUUUGUAUAUAGAUAUGUGAUAGUAACUGAUUCAUUAACAUAAUAUAGAUAAUAAUGAUCUAAAUAAAGGAAAAAAUUUUAAACAAAUGGAGUAAGAGCUUGUGAAAAGUCAAUAGAUCUGACUUAAAAAUAAAAAAAAAAAGAGCAUCCUAUGCGAAUAAACUACAUGAUAAGAGACCAGAAUCUCUUUAAUUUUUUUUUUUUAAAAAAAAGGAAAUGAGAGACAUAAAUAAGGAAACAGAGAGUGAGAUCUCUUUAUAAAAAAGAGAGUUUAUAUUAAUGGGAUUUUUUUUUCUUUUUUUUUUCAAGUAUAUAAUUAACCGUUCUUGAGUUUCCUGCAACUUUUUGAGACAUUUUGGUACAAUCUUUUUCGUCUUUUUGGCAUAAUGCAUAGUGACCACGGCCCAGAUCCAGAUCUAUUGAAAAAGAGAUCACCUUCACCUUUCCCUUUCACACAACCCCACCCUCCUCCCCUGUUCAGCGUUCACACCACUAUUGAGAUUUGAGAGCGCAGAGGCGGAGGUUUCCGAACAGCCAUAGGCGAAGACGCUCCGAUCCGGCGGUGCUUUCGAUUUCCCGCUUCUUUACUUUUUUUGAAAAAAUUUCGCCGCCGCCGCGAAGGAAUGAGCAAGAGCUCUGCCGCUUCUUCCUGCAGCAGGUCGGGCCCGGGGACCCCGAACUACCUCCCCAAGGGGUGGAGUUCGGAGCGCGGCAAGUACGGCGCGAACACUGCGGUCUUGCUGCCCCUCGGCAACGGCAGGCAGCUGCCGUCGAAAUGGGAGGACGCGGAGCGGUGGAUUCUCAGUCCCGUCUCCGCUGAAAAUGCCGGCAGGCUUUCCGCCCGACCGCCUCACCACCGACGGCCCAAAUCGAAGAGCGGCCCGCUCGGCCACCCCUCGGGGUUCGGCGGCGCGCGCUCGUCGUCGGCUUCGCCGUCGGGCCCUUGCUUCGACACCGUCCUGAUGGAGAACCUCGCGGCCGGCUCUCCUUUCAUGGCCGGGAUUCUAAUGCCGCAGCGCGGCGGUAAUUGCGGCAGGCCCUGUAACGCCGCUGGCGAGUCGUGCGUGGCGCGAUCGGCGAGCGUGCACGGGUGGUUGGAUAUGUUGAUCGAGUCGUCUUCGUCGUUGCCUAGCUCGCAGGACACUGUACAAGACGAGAGAACUGAAAAUUCAGUCGCAGUAGCCGCUGCGAAUUCUCCUCUUACUUCGAAGAAGAAUGUGGCUACACAAAUGAGUCCCGAGGGAAGCGCUCCCUCUUCUCCUGGAGAGAAUCCUUCGUUCUCCCAUUCGCCAUCGAACUACCGCAUUGAAGAGCUGGGGAGCCGUUUCGCGAAGCUUGAGAUCAAAGAUGUGCAGGUGGAUGAUCACGUGACUAUAACCAGGUGGUCGAGGAAGCACUCAAUGAGGAACUCUGAGAACCGACCGACAAACAUCAUAGAUUACUGGAGAAGACAGAGUGCGGAGAGUAAGGAUUCGUCCUCAGAAGUAAAUGAGACAGCAAAAGACAGAUCAAAGCUUAAGAGAGAGGAGGCAAAGAUCGCUGCAUGGGAGAAUCUGCAAAAAGCAAAAGCCGAGACAGCAAUCCUGAAAUUAGAGAUGAAGCUCGAAAAGGAAAGAUCAUCCUCGAUGGAGAAAAUUUUGAUCAAGUUGAGGUCCGCUGAGAAAAAAGCCAAGGAAAUGCGCAAUGCUGCCUCUGCCAACCAAGCUCAAGACAUUUCUCAAACUCCAAGAAAAGCAUCGUACUUCCGCCGAGAUGGCCAAAUUCGUUCCUUGAGAAGUUGUUUCACCUGCCGUGCCUUCUAGCAUCAUUUUAUAUCAGAUAUCUGUUUCCUGCCCAUAACUUCGCUGUAAUGAAUUGCUGCUAUCAUUUGCGGAUGCGAAACUAGCAAUGGUCGAAAUCUCAGAAGAUAUUUUAAAAUCUUCACACCUUUCCUCUAUUAUCUGACUAUUGAGUGUGUCAAGUAGGUAGUGCAUAUAUAAGGAUUUGUUCGCGCCAAUUAAAGGUUUCCAAUUGUAUCAUUUUGGCCCUAUUUACUGUAGAAACUUAUAUGUAGAAACUUAUAUGGAGAGUCUCUCCAUCACAUGUUAUGUAUGAAUCUUAAAGUAUAAUAGACGGUUGAUUAGAUCAUCUCGCUGUUGGGAUGCUCCCCGUAUAAAUUUGGUUCUGAUGAAUGUACCCUGCUAGCAUUUAUUUUGUGUUA